AUGCUGAUUUCCAACAGUUCAUAUGUGCCUCCUCAGUCUUUCAUCCUUAAUGGAAUUCCCGGUCUCGAAGCAGUGCAUGUAUGGAUCUCACUUCCACUCUGCACAAUGUAUGUUAUCUCCCUUGUGGGCAAUCUCGGCCUUGUGUACCUCAUUUACUAUGAGGAGUCUUUACAUCGCCCAAUGUAUUUCUUCCUGGUCAUGCUGUCGCUCAUUGACCUAUUUACCUGCACAACCACUCUGCCCAAUGCACUCUGCAUUUUCUGGCUCAAUCUCAAGGAAAUUAAAUUCAAUGCUUGUUUAGUGCAGAUGUUCUUUGUCCAUGGUUUCACAGGUGUGGAGUCUGGGGUGCUCAUGCUCAUGGCUCUGGACCGCUAUGUGGCCAUCUGCUACCCACUGCGUUAUGCUACUAUACUCACUAACCCUAUCAUUGCCAAAGCUGGGCUUGCCACCUUCCUGAGAGGUGUGCUGCUGAUGAUUCCUUUUCCAUUCUUGGUCAAGCGUUUGCCCUUCUGCAAAAGCAAUAUCAUCACCCAUACAUACUGUGACCACAUGUCUGUGGUGAAGUUGUCCUGUGCUAGCAUCAAGGUCAAUGUCAUCUAUGGGCUGAUGGUUGCGCUUCUGAUUGGAGUGUUUGACAUUUGCUGUAUAUCCGUGUCUUAUACUAUGAUCCUGCGGGCAGUGGUCAGCCUCUCAUCAUCAGAUGCUCGGCAGAAGGCCUUCAGCACCUGCACUGCUCAUAUAUCUGCCAUCAUCAUCACCUACAUCCCAGCAUUCUUUACUUUUUUUACCCACCGUUUUGGGGGUCACACCAUCCCUUCUUCUCUUCAUAUCAUUGUCGCUAAUCUUUACCUUCUUCUUCCACCAACUCUUAACCCUAUUGUUUAUGGGGUAAAGACAAAACAGAUCCGAGACAGUGUCAUAAAGUUCUUUCAGGGUAAAAAAGGCAGGAAUUGA